AUGGCCCAUAAAGACACCCUCUUCCGCUCGGCGAGCAUGUCCUUGACCCAGCUCUACAUCUCCAACGAAAUCGGCCGCGAAGUCGUCUCUGCCCUGGGUGAGAUCGGUGUCGUCCAAUUCCGGGAUCUCAACGCCGAGACCACUGCCUUCCAACGCACCUUUACCAAGGAGAUCCGUCGACUGGAUAAUGUCGAACGCCAGUUCCGUUAUUUCAAGGCUCAGAUGGACAAAUCUCAGAUCGAGAUGAGGAGCCACUGGGACUUCGACGAGACUAUGCUUGCGGUCCCGCAAGCUAACGAGAUUGACGCUCUUGUGGAACGCGCGGAGAGCCUGGAACAACGCAUCAGCAGCUUGAAUGAAAGCUAUGAAACACUGAAAAAGAGGGAGGUCGAGUUGACCGAGUGGCGAUGGGUUCUUAAGGAGGCCGGAGGGUUCUUCGACAGAGCUCACGGGCAAACGGAAGACAUCCGCGCGAGUCUUGAUGAAGAUGACGCACCUUUGCUGCGAAACACAGAGGCCGAGGAAGGCAGAGCUAAUGGUGAUGCCACCCAGCAACAACAAAGCUUCGCUGUUAUGAAUAUUGGGUUUGUCUCUGGAGUCAUCCCCCGUGAGCGACUACCUGCAUUUGAACGCAUCUUGUGGAGGACUCUCCGUGGCAACCUUUACAUGAAUCAAUCUGAAAUUCCAGAGGCUAUCAUCAACCCUGAGAACAACGAGGAGAUUCAGAAGAACGUCUUUGUGAUCUUCGCCCACGGCAAGGAGAUCAUUGCGAAGAUCAGAAAGAUUUCCGAAUCUCUGGGUGCAGACCUCUACAACGUCGAUGAGAACAGUGACAUCCGGAGGGACCAGAUUCACGAAGUUAACACCCGCCUCAGCGACCUUGCAAGUGUCCUCCGAAACACCAAGAAUACCCUCGAUGCGGAACUGAGUGCCAUUGCUCGAUCUCUCGCUGCCUGGAUGAUUGUCAUCAAGAAAGAGAAGGCCGUCUACAAUGCCUUGAACAUGUGCUCUUAUGAUCAGGCCAGAAAGACCUUGAUUGCGGAAGCUUGGUGCCCCACCAAUACCCUGCCGCAGAUUCGACGCACCCUGCAAGACGUCAACGACCGGGCUGGAUUGUCGGUGCCCACAAUUGUGAAUCAGAUCAAGACCAACAGGACUCCGCCUACUUACAACAAGACCAACAAGUUCACUGAAGGCUUCCAGACCAUCAUCAAUGCCUAUGGAACUGCCAAAUAUCAGGAAGUCAACCCUGGCCUUUACACCAUUGUCACCUUCCCGUUCCUGUUCGCCGUCAUGUUCGGCGACUUCGGACACGGGUGCUUGAUGGCUAUGGCCGCAGCAGCGAUGAUCUAUUGGGAAAAGCCGUUAUCACGGUCCAAGCAGGAUGAACUCUUUGCGAUGGCAUUCUAUGGUCGCUACAUCAUGCUGAUGAUGGGUAUCUUCUCCAUGUACACCGGCCUCAUCUACAACGAUGUUUUCUCAAAAGCAUUUACUCCAUUCCCCUCCGCUUGGGAAUUCCCUGAAGAGGGUCGUCCGGAAGUUACCGCUCACCUCAAGGGUAGCUAUCGGUACCCAUUUGGUCUGGAUUGGGCAUGGCACGGCUCUGAGAAUGACUUGCUCUUCAGCAACAGUUUGAAAAUGAAGCUGUCAAUUCUCAUGGGUUGGGCUCACAUGACCUACGCUCUGUGCUUCUCGUACGUCAAUGCCAGACACUUCAAAUCUCCGAUCGACAUCUGGGGCAACUUUGUGCCGGGCAUGAUCUUCUUCCAGGCCAUUUUCGGAUACCUUUCAUUCUGCAUCAUCUACAAAUGGUCAAUCGACUGGCCAGCUGAAGGUCGUAACCCACCAUCCUUGCUUAACAUGUUGAUUCAGAUGUUUCUCUCGCCAGGGAAUGUGGAAGAAAGCGAACAGCUAUACUCGGGUCAAGCGGGCGUUCAAGUGUUCCUGCUGCUCAUCGCUGUCAUCAACGUGCCUAUUCUUCUUCUCUUGAAGCCUCUGUACCUACGCUGGCAACACCAGAAGACUGCUGCUCAGGGAUACCGCGGCAUAGGCGACACUAGUCGCGUCACGCAUGCUACGGAUCUAGAUGACGACGACGAGAAUCCCAACGCUAACGGAGGGCGGAUGAAUGGCAGGCCGAGCGAGGAUGAUGAUGAAGGUGCAAUGAUAACGGAGAAUAUCGGAGACGAGGAGGAAGAGGAAUUCGAGUUCUCAGAAGUCAUGAUCCAUCAGACUAUUCAUACGAUCGAAUUCUGCCUGAACUGCGUCUCCCACACAGCUUCGUACCUUCGACUGUGGGCCCUCUCGCUUGCUCAUCAACAACUCUCGGUCGUGCUGUGGAAUAUGACACUAGGGAACGCUUUUGGGAUGUCUGGAGCGGCACAGGUCAUUAUGAUCGUUGUCACCUUUUACUUCUGGUUUGUGUUGACCAUCGCUGUCUUAUGUGUCAUGGAAGGGACAAGUGCCAUGUUGCACAGUCUCAGGUUGCACUGGGUAGAGGCGAUGAGUAAGCAUUUCAUCGGAGAGGGCGUAACGUUUGAGCCUUUCAGCUUCACCCUCAUGUUAGAAGAAGAACCAGUGGAUUAA